GCACCUAUCUCGACUGUUUUCUCGCAGGAAUAAAACGUCUUAGAAAUACAGAGGUAUACUUUUAGGUUUAGUUUUAUCGCAACUAUUUUCUAAAAAUCCAUGAUGUUAUUAAUCAUCGACUGUCAACAAGGGCCAUUUAGUUAUAGAUUCGAUUUACGCGUUUCAACACCUUAAAGUUUCUUUUUUAGUCGCUGCUGUUCGAGCCGAAAACAGCAUAAGAGUUUCCCGAAAGGAUGCUUAAGCUAAGUGUGAUUGAGAGAAACCUACUAAUCAACAAAUUAACUGGUGCUAUUAUUUUUCUUGCGAUUGCGACGACUGGAUUUUUCUAUUUCGUCAUUGGCGAUAAUUGGAAUGCUUCUAUAUGGUGUUUCCUUCUAGAUGUAACCUGCUUUUCUGUGCUGUACUUCAAUUUUCACAUGUUACAAGAUAAGCUGCAGAAGUUCACGAAGUUGACUUUCACCAUCAUAAAGUUCGUCGCUCUUAUGCUUUCCCUUGUUGGACUUGUGUGCACCGUGACGUAUACAAUUAUAGCUGCAAUUAGAGAAGAAAAAUUUCAUGAGCAACGCUACUAUUUUGCAGCAAUUGCUUCAGCUGGAUCGUUUUUCUGGUCAUCUGUGUUCUUUUUUGACACGAGGAAAUAUGAACUCUGCGCCGAAUAUUUCUGAACAGUUUUAUAAUUUAAGUAGUAAUGUACUAUAUUAUAUUAUAUUCAAUCACUAAGUAAUGUAACGUUGUAGAUAUUAUAUACAUUACAUGCAGAAAUUGUAUCGGUUUUUAAUAAAUA